AUGGGGCAAGGCCUCAGGAACUCCAGGAACCAGGAGGCGAAGCAGAGGUCUGAGGCCCAUGUCCUGAGGCCAGAGAGCAGAGGAGGUCCAGGCAGUGCCAGGAGUCAAGUCUCCUCCUCAGCCUUUGUGGAGGCCUUGCCCCAAGAAGCUCUGAAGGAGAUGAUGGCUAACCUGUUGAAGUUCCUGCUCCUCAAGUAUCGUGCCAAGGAGCUGACCUCAAAGCCCGAAAUACUGGAUAUGACCCUCACAGAUAACCAGGACCACAUACCUGUGGUCUUCCGUAAAGCCACCCAGUGCCUGCAACUGGUCUUUGGCAUGGCAAUGAAGGAGGUGGACCCCAGGGAGCACAUAUACAUCUUGGUCCCCACCCUGGGCCUCACCUGCGAUGCAAUGCCGAGUGGUGGGCAGAGCCUGCCCAAGGCCGGGUUCCUGGUGCUGGUCCUCAGCCUGAUCAUCCAAGAUGGAGACUUCAUCCCUGAGGAGGUGGUCUGGGAAACACUCAGCAGGAUGGGGGUGUGUCCCAGGAGGAAGCACUCGGUCUUUGGGGAGCCCAGGGAGCUGCUGACCCAUGUGUGGGUGUGGGAGGGUUACCUGGAGUACCGGCAGGUGCCUGACAGUGACCCUGUUCGCUAUGAGUUCCUGUGGGGUCCCCGGGCCUAUGCGGAGAUCAGCAAGUAUCAAGUCACAGAGUGUCUGCUCAGGGUCAAUGAAAGGUUUUCCAGGGUCUUCCCACCCCCGUCUGCAGAGGCUGUGAGGGAGGAGGAAGAGGGGCCCUGA